AUGAUGGAAGCUGUACAUGUAGGUCACAUGGGUGUGGAAAAAUGUUUGAGGAGAGCUAGAGACAUUAUAUUUUGGCCCAGGAUGUCAGCAGACAUCACGAACAUGGUUCUGGAAUGUGGAGUUUGCUUAGAGAGAAGAAACUCGAACCCCAAGGAGCCACUGAUCAGUCAUGAUAUUCCAGACUACCCAUGGGAGACCAUAGCUACAGAUUUGUUUACAUGGAACAACCAGGAGUACCUCUUAGUAGUUGAUUACUACAGUAGAUACUUUGAAGUAGAGAAACUACACAAGACAACCAGUCAAGCUGUUAUAGAGAAAAUGAAGAAGAUGUUUAGUAGACUUGGUAUUCCACGGAAAGUCGUAUCGGAUAAUGGUCCGCAAUACGCAAGCCAAGAUUUCUCCACAUUUGCUCAGGAUUAUGACUUUAACCAUGUCACUUCCAGUCCAAAGUAUCCACAGUCCAAUGGACUAGCGGAGAAGACAGUACAGAUUGCAAAAAGAAUUUUGGACAAGAGCAAGGCAGAUAGGGAAGAUUUAAACCUGGGACUACUAGAAUACAGGACAACGCCUUUGAGCUUAGGCUACUCGCCCGCCCAACUAUAG